UGUUUGUUGUCCACAUCCAACAAAUCACUCACCACCCCUAAAUCAAUCUCAACUACGUUUCACGAAUCACAACCACAACCACAAUUCCCCCAUUUUCUCCCUUUCUCAAUCCUCUCGUCUUCACUCACCCUUUCUAUCUAUUUAACUCCGCCUUCUGAAUCCUUUCUCUCUCCUCAAAUUCAUCCAAUUCUACACCAAAUCAUAAAUACCCGGAAAAUACCCAGUUCCAAAUUUGGCUGAUUUUUUAUUUUGAUGAAGGAAUUUGCUGGGGUUAGAACCCAAGGACAGAGAUUUUGAUUGCAAACACGGCUAUACAAAGAAAACUUCGGCCUUUGCACGCCCGUGAUGUGCGACGUAAGAAGGGUUGUAAUUGUCUUUUGAUUGAUCGAGGUAGCCCUUCGUUGCACGGCGGACGCGGCGCCUUGCCUUCCGAAGGCGGCAGCCCUUCCGAUCUUCUCUUUCUCGCCGGAGGCGGUUGUUUCUGAGCUUCGUAGUUGUAGUUUUUUUUAAUAUAUAUACAAGUAGUUGGUGUAGCUGUAUAGAAAAAAGUUUGAUUUUUUGAAUUUUUUCUGGGGAAGAAGAAGCAAAAGAAAAAAAAUGUUGAGGAUUAAGAGGGUUCCGACGAUUGUGUCGAAUUAUCAGAAGGAGGAGGGAGACGGGUCUGCUCGGAUUGUUAGUGGGUGUGGCCGGAAUUGUCUCAAAGAGUGUUGCAUACAAGGUGCAAAACUGCCUCUGUACGCUUACAAGAGGGUCAAUAAGAUUGGAACUGAGAAGGAUUUGGUUGUUGAUGAGGCUAGAGAGUCCCCUGUUGCCUUCCUCGACUCACUCCUGCUUGGAGAGUGGGAGGACCGCUUCGAGAGGGGUCUAUUCCGCUAUGAUGUUACUGCUUGUGAAACCAAGGUGAUCCCUGGUGAUUAUGGAUUUGUUGCCCAGCUUAAUGAGGGCCGUCACCUGAAGAAAAGGCCGACUGAAUUCCAAGUCGAUAAGGUCCUUCAACCCUUUGAUGGCAGCAAAUUUAACUUCACAAAAGUUGGGCAGGAAGAGGUGCUCUUCCAGUUUGAAGCAAGUGAGGACGGUGAAGCUUACUUCAUCCCUGGUGCUCCAAUCGCUGUUGAGAAUUCGCCAAGCUUUGUUGCCAUUAAUGUCAGUCCUAUUGAAUAUGGACACGUGCUCUUGAUUCCUCGAAUUUUCGAGUGCCUGCCUCAAAGGAUUGAUUGUGAGAGUUUCUUGCUUGCUCUGAACAUGGCUGUUGAAGCUGGGAGUCCUUACUUCCGUCUUGGAUACAAUAGCUUGGGUGCAUUUGCUACCAUUAACCAUCUCCAUUUCCAGGCUUAUUACUUGGCUAGCCCAUUUCCCAUUGAGAAGGCUCCUACCAAGAAAAUCACUACUACCAGUAAUGGGGUCAAGAUAUUUGAGCUCCUGAAAUAUCCAGUAAGGGGUCUUGUCUUGGAAGGAGGGAAUUCUCUCCAAGAUUUAGCCAAGGAGGUCUCAGACUGCUGCAUUUUUCUGCAAGACACUAACAUCCCUUACAAUGUUCUUAUUGCUGAUUCUGGAAGGCGGAUUUUUAUCCUCCCACAGUGCUAUGCUGAGAAACAGGCCUUAGGGGAGGUAAGUCCUGAGCUCCUUGACACCCAAGUAAAUCCAGCGGUCUGGGAGAUCAGUGGACAUAUUGUGUUAAAGAGGAGAAAAGACUAUGAUGAGGCGUCUGAGGGUAAUGCUUGGAGGCUCCUGGCCGAGGUGUCUCUGUCCGAAGCAAGGUUCGAAGAAGUGAAGGUCAUGAUAUUUGAAGCCAUUGCUUGUCCUGUAGUUGAAAAUGGGUCAGACAUGCUUCUCAAGGUGGCUGAGCUUGAAUCUCCCCAUGCUUCUAGAGAAGCGGAUUCCAUCAACACGGCUGCUUCUCCUAUGGUGCCCGGGAACCAUGAGUGUUUGGUCCAACAGUAAUAUGGCUCUUCAGCUUAUUAUUUGCUUCCCUAAAUGAUGCAAACUGAGUUUGUAUCAUCUGUUUUAGCUUUAAAUCAAUGAGUCGCAUGUUUUGCUACUGACAAAUUGUUAUGAGUAAUGUAAGUAAUUAACUCAUAAAAGAAAAAAAUUAGGAAAAUAGAUAAUUUAUAAAAUGGAUCCUAUUCAUAGCUAUCAUUGCCUGUUGGCUACCUGCCUCAGGAGCGAUGUCGAACAGGCAAUCUGCCUCAGGAGGGAUGUAAUAUAAGUGCGCUUGCCCCUGAGCAAUUUGGCGCUUGUAAGAUGCUGUUAUUUGGAUUUAAUCAAAUAGCUUCUGUUAAGUACUUUAAUUAUUUA